ACAAAUCCUAGGCCACCGCAAAGCUGCACUCGCCGUACAAAUGCUGACAAAUGAGUUUUUCAUCGCAAGAAAUUUCGACCACGAAACCUGUAGAAAGAAGAUGUUUUCAUGACAAUAAGAGAAUCGGACGCUGAACAACCCGACCACGUCGAUGCGCACUGCGCGAAUUUCUUGGACCUGGCCGACAGCCACUUCUUUCUAUGUUCGUUGCUUUUGUUUCAUCUAACUUUUGUUUCGCCGUCCCCCGUUUUCUAUUCUUUCUCUAAUCUCGUUCGGAGAUCCAAGCGGCUCUCCGGUGGAUCCAUGUUAGCCUCAAACCGAUUGAUCGAACAAUGUAAUUCCGGGAUUUGCACUGAAAUCGAGGAUCAGAGUCGCUAGGUAGGUCUGGAGAAGAGAUGCAUGUCCAGAGGCGUUCCCAACGAAGAUCCAGUAUCGCAGCACAUGUCCUUAGAUCUUGAAUGCGUAACGUCGUAUGACACGUAAUCCCGUAGAUGGGAGACAGUGUGAUAUCGUACUUUGAG